CGUGCGAGCGAGCGUUUUUCGUGGUGGGCUCGUCCGUCUCGUCGGGAGAGUAGAAAGAAAAAAAGAAAACGGAAAGAGAGGAAGCAGUAGGAGGGAGGAGGAGGGGGAGAGAGAGAGUGAAGAGCCUCGGUGUUGUGUGUAAUACAACGUAUGUGCUUGAUUCGCUCAUAGACGCACCGUCGCCCGUCAGUGCCGAUUUAAAUCGUGGCGUAGCCUCGUCAGAAAUCGCGACGCGCGCGCGCGCGCCUUCCAUCGGAAAUUGCGCUGCACGCCGGGCGGCGCGUACCGCGCCGGUGACCCUGACAUUCGAGAAGCCGGCGAGACACACUCGUUGCCUCGCGCGCGCAGGAGCAACAUCACGGUGUGUACGAAUCACGGCGAGCGACGAGCGAGCGAACGAACUGAAGCGAGCAGCGGAGGUAUACACGGAGCUCGCGCGAGAGCGCGCGCGCCCAGUGCAUUCUGGUACCGUACCGGUGACGAUACCCGCGGCCAUUACGCGUACGCCGCGCGGGACUUUGAUUUGUCGCGCGCCGCGGUGUGUCGCGGUCCAGCGCAAGGUGACCUCGUUACCGAUGCGCGAACGCGUCCCGGCAGGGAGCCUCUCGGAAGAACAUCGCGCCGGAUCGGUGUAUUCUCGCGCGCCAAUCGCGGUUUUGUUGUGACGCGUGACGACCAGUGACCUUGACUCCCCUCGGAUAGACGCGCCGUUUCGGCGGCGCCUCGAUUCCCACCGGGUGGAACGCGAGGUCGGUCUCUCCCGCCUCGACCUCUUCCUCGUCGUGUCUCCGCCGCGUGGGACGGGUCGACCGAAGAUGGAGAGAUAGGGAGCAGCUGGUUCUCGCAACCGUGUCUGCGCCAACCGGCACCGCCGGUUCCCUUGCGAUAUCUCUGCCGCCAUUGCGUCUGCCAUCAUCGUGAGAUCGUUCAUCUGGAAAACCUAGAACCAGCGAAGAAAGACACACACGACCUAGACGUUGAAAACCUAUGGCACCGCGCCGUCACGCCAAUAGCCACGGCGGUGGUCUCCUGGAGAACGGAGGCGCCGGUGGCGGCGGUACCAACGACCCGAUGGAGAACUUGUUAGGCACCGGCCAGACGACGCGUUGCUGCACGCCGACCGGCGAGUGCUUGCGCGGCGACAGCCUCAUCCGCCUGAACUCCUUGCACGACGCGGUCAAGGUCACCUGCAACAACGACAACUGUCCGAUCGGGCAAUUCAUGCAUCGCGAGUGCUUCGACGCCUGGGAGCAGACGGUUCUGACGUAUCUGAAGAGCUGCGGCCGGGCGCGCAGCUGGUCCGAACGUCAGCGUCAUCAGAACCUCUGGACCAAGAAGGGCUACGAUCUCGCGUUCAAGGCCUGCGGCUGCCGCUGCGGUCGCGGCCACCUCAAGAAAGAUCUCGACUGGAUGCCGCCCGGCCUCGGCAAUAUACCCGGCAACCGUGCCGACGAGAACGAGGCGAAGAAGAAGAAGCGGCGCAACCGGCAGAACACCCGGCCGAGCCUGUCUGUCUCCGCCGGGCCGCCGAGUCACGGCAAUCACGUCGUCUCCACGAGCGGUCGCGGCACCACCGAGGCUCAGAUGAUCGAGUCGGGCCGCGGUAGAGCAGGAUCCCUCUCGUCCAGCACCGGCUCUAGUUCACCGCCUGCCACCAGCGAACCCAGCGUCAGCCCGCUUCACCAGCCGCAGGCCAUCAUCAAGAAGAAGAGCAAGGUCGAUUUUUUCAGCGAUCGCGCGAGACAAAGUUGCGGCGCCAAUGGCAUCUUUUCGCGUCGUUUGGACUUCAGCGCUUUCAACAGCCUGCCCCGUACUAAGCUGAAUUCCUAUCACAUCAAGAUGGAAGACGAGGGCAAUCACGGUAACGACGACACCAGAUGCUUCAUCCUGUCGACAUUGGCCGCGCUGCAGUGGUCUAGAGUCACUUGCGUUCUCUGCCGCGCUGCUAUGCUAGUUUUCGACAGGUACCCGUUGGUGGACGGCACGUUCUUCCUAUCACCCAGACAGCAUUCGCCCGCUUGUGCCGAGGUGAAGGUCGAAGGUCGCACGCAAUUUUUGUCAGCCGUAUGCAUGUCUUGUUUGGAAGGCAGCGGCGGGCAGCCAGUACGUUGUCGCUGCUGCACCCAACCGUGGGAUGGAUCGAGCUUGGUCCUUGGUACCAUGUACAGCUAUGAUAUCUUCGCUGCUAUGCCCUGCUGCAGCGAACGACUCAAGUGUAAUAGCUGCCAGAAACCCCUGAUCUACCCGCACCAGCGGCUGAACUUCUACUCGGACUACAGCCGCGUCUUCGCCUGUCCGCACUGCAGGGCGGUUGACGCACACUUCGUGAAGCCGCUGUCGGCCUGCUUCACCCGCGAGCAGUUUCAGCUCUACAGCCAGUGGCCGUAACCAUUAGAGAACUUAGCGAACCGCCGCCGUUUGCGCACCGCGGCCGACCUGUGUCCCCUCUUCUACAAACCGAUCUCCCUGUUCCGGACGAGCAUACUGUAGAAUCCUCUUCUUUGACUUCGUAGGAGAUGGCGACGGCGAACGCGAAACUACGGGGGAAGGGGGACCGAUCGCGAUCCUCACCGACGCGCACGCGCGCGCAUCGUCAGUCACUUUCGUCGUCAUUUUUUUCCGACCCGUCAGUCUCCCUUUCGUUUCACGAGAUUUCCCUUCGUCCGGCUCGUCGCAUUUUCGCAUUCGUUUCUUCAGAGAUUCUUUUUCUUUCGGACUCUCUCGGUAACCGCGUAAGUAUCGACUCUGUGUGUGUGUGUGUGUGCGUGUGCCGUAAUCUCGAAUGAUUCCGAGGUUUCACUCGUAUGCUUUUACGAGUAUAAACGCGACGAUGACGACGACGACGACGGCGAUACGCGCGUAGAUGCCCCUAGGCGCGUUUCCGUAUAAAGUCUAAGAUAUUUCUUUUUAAUGUCAAUUGUAGGUUUGUCUAGGUUGAUUCCAAACGGGAGACGUCGAAUCGGCGCUCGCCGACUUUUCGUUCGAUGACGCGCGCAAUGAGACUGGCAUACCUAGUGUAUUCUUUUUUUUUUCUUUUUUUUUUUUUAUUUCCUUCGUACGUUGCGCUCUAUCUAGGCAUUUAUCCGCGCGAUACGUUGAGACGUGUAAGUAGGAUGGUAUCACUCCCUUUCUGUAAAUUAACGUUUCUUUAGCGCACACGAUUUCUCGACGAUCGUCCUUACGAACGCGUUUCCGUAUGAUGUAGCUUUUUAAUUAGUGAAAUUUUUUCGUUAAGAUCUGCACUAUUGUGCGCGUAAUUUGGCUGAUACGGGCUGAUUAAUCGCUAGUAGCUCCGGCAAAUUUCGCGUGACAAGGUUGGCAACUUCGCCGUCUCCCGUUUCGUAUAGUUGAAUUAUUUGAAAAAAAA